CCCUCCUCUCUAUUUCCGCAUACUCGAAGGCAGAGGGGAGCACCGCAACAGUACGCCACUAGCGCAGCGGUUGGCCACCACCCGGCGCCGGAGGAGGAGGCGAUGGCGGGGAAGCACGGCCGCAACGGCUUCGAGGAUGACAACGUCAACCCCUUCGCGGGAGGAAGUGUUCCAGCUGCCACCAAUUCUCGGCUCUCACCUCUAUCACAUGAACCAGCUGAUUUCUACAGUGUGGACAUUCCUCUCGAUUCAACUAAGGAUCUCAAGAAAAAGGAGAAAGAACUUCAGGCUAUGGAGGCUGAGCUAAACAAAAGAGAAAGGGAAUUGAAAAGGAAGGAAGAGGCAGCUUCCCGAGCUGGCAUUGUGAUAGAAGAGAAAAAUUGGCCACCCUUUUUCCCUCUCAUCCAUCACAAUAUCUCAAAUGAGAUACCUAUCCAUCUACAAAGGAUGCAGUACCUUGCAUUUUCCUCAUUUUUGGGACUGAUAUUGUGCCUCUUUUGGAAUAUCAUAGCAACUACAACAGCAUGGAUUAAAGGGGAAGGAGUUAUCAUUUGGCUGCUUGCCAUCAUCUACUUCAUAUCUGGUGUGCCCGGGGCUUAUGUGUUAUGGUAUCGCCCUCUUUAUAAUGCAAUGAGAACUGAGAGCGCUUUGAAGUUUGGGUGGUUUCUUCUGUUUUACAUGAUUCAUAUAAUCUUCUGUGUGUGGGCAGCUGUGGCUCCUCCAUUUCCUUUCAAAGGAAAAUCCUUGGCUGGGAUUUUACCUGCAAUUGAUGUCAUAAGCAAGAGUGCUAUUGUGGGGAUAUUUUACUUUGUUGGAUUUGGUUUGUUCUGCCUUGAAUCACUUUUGAGCAUCGGUGUCAUUCAGCAAGUAUUCAUGUACUUCCGUGGAAGUGGAAAAGCCGCAGAGAUGAAACGCGAGGCAGCGCGUGGUGCUCUAAGUUCUGCCUUCUGAUGAAAAUACGACGGUCUGAUUAUAACCAGCUGAUGGAUAGAAGGAAACAUGAUGUGUCAAUUGAGACAUGGGUUCUUGUACAUCGCUGCAGUGAGCGGAUUUGCAUCGUCGAAAGCGUACAGCUGAUCAUCUUUUUGCUCUUAUGUAAGAUAAAGAACAAACCUCCUCGUUUGGAGGUCAGUAUGUUGGCUUCCAUCUCUUGCCACGGUUUAGAUGUGGUUGAUAGGGAAAACGGUGGAUUUUGUUGGUGGAAUAGUUGAAUAUAAUGUAUCUGCACACGCUUGCAUGUGAGUGAAAUUGCUUGGUUUAUUUCCUAGCGGCA